AUGUAUGGCACAGGAGACCAGUGCUCCCUCGGAAAGCGAAACAAGAAUGUGCGCUACGCUCAAGUCGUUUUGUCUCACAAAGAGAAUUCAAAGCACACGCUUCUCCUUUCGCCUCUAUCCUGGCAUGCGUGGCUGACCGCAGCAACAUUUUUUUGUUUUCUCGGCGUCUCGCUCGCAUCCCACCAUCACGGCGUCUCGGCGCAUUGCGUUCGAGGAGGAGUACACGUCAUCGGCUUGGAAACCACAGAGAAAAUAGAAGUUUGCGGAAAUGACCAUUGCUUGGAAAUAGUAAGUCCUGAAACUAACUUUACGAUCCAAUUCCCUGCGGAAGUAGUGCUCCAUCAUCACAUUGUGACAUUAAAGAGUAGACAAGGAAACGCAACAAACACAGUUCAGAUCAGCUGCGAACCGAGUCCUUUCUGCGAGCAAAUAGCAUGCUCCUUUUGUUCAACAAUGAUUUCCAACCCUCACUGCUGGCCUCGCAUAGCAAUCAUGGCCACAUCGAUACUGCUAUACGCCAUUGUGAUGACCGUGGCAAUAACCUUCCUCUGCAUAAGGAAGGCUCUGAAACUCACAAAGAAGGGCUGCGGGUGUAUGAUGAACUUGUUAAAGUACACUGUUUAUCGGCUUUAUCGGCUAACAGUAGGCUCAACGCAUAGCGAUGCGGCCGAAAUGCCACUCAUAGAGCUGAAUACUCGAGUAGAUCGUUGGCGACCUUCAUCCAUUAUAAGGAUACUUGCGGUUUGUUUCACCCUAAUAAACAAGCUGCCACGACUCUAUAAGCUGGAACUGAAAGAAAAUAUUCAAGAAUCCCACGCCGACACGAAAUUACAAUUGACAGCCUUAUAUGUCCAUCCGCUCAGCCUCAUGAAUUCACGGUUCAUCAAAAGUUCUCACUCUACGGCUAUCCUUGACCCUCAAAGUCAGUUUCACUUUGCUUGUGUGAGCCACAUCAGCAACUCCACUGAUAAACUUUCUGACUGUGCUACUACCAAUAGCUGUACCUGCCAUCCAGCGGAGGACGAAAUUUCUUGCUUCUGUGAAGACCAGCAGAUCACUUCGCUUUUCGAGCUCAGGCGGACUCUACCCAUCACUCUCCCCAGCGCGACCAUUAAUCCAUCCGAAGCAUAUAGCGUUACGAUCGCUACCAAGGCAGCCAAUGCAGAGCUAGCUCUAUCAAUUAGUUCAAAAGUGAAAAAUCUCACCAUGCUUGUCGACACGUUCGAGUGCUCCAUCACAGUGACUGAAUUGCAAGGUUGCUACAAUUGCAUAGCAGGAGCAACAGCCAGAUUGACAUGCGCAGCAUCAAUACCACACGGAAUCGCCGACGUGCAAUGCAACACACAGUCUUUCAUCAUAACGUGUACAAGGGAAGGUUACCAUAACUCAGUCCGAAUCUACGCACAGCUUGCUCAGUUCCACCAAGUUUGUAAGGCGAAGUGCGGUAUCAAGAACUAUAUUUUCGAAAUAAAGGGCAUACUCCAUUACAUCAAUCCCAUCAAUCCAAUCCAUUCCGUAGGUAAACUUCUUGGAGGAAAAGACGAAUACGACCUGGACAGUUUUUCCCUCCCAGACAUUUGGCAUAUCUUCAACAACUUCAAAAAAUACAUCCUUUUUUCUUUCCUGGCGUUUCAAAUGUCUAACGAUGGCGAGCAACAGCCACGCACUAAUGAGCCAUCCGACUCGCCUGCACAACCGCUUCCAUCACCGAAUCCAGUCUCGUUCGAUUUCUCUUCUACCAUAGCUCCGGAAAACCCGCAACUCGAGCCGCUGCAACCGUAUCAACAAUCGAAUCAAUGGUAUGGACCGCAACCGAACUAUCCACCAAUCAAUCAAUGGUAUGGAGCUCAGCCUUGUUGUCCUUCCUACGUCGAACUUGCGCAAUCGGUGAAUGGUCUAGAGUCUGCGGUGCAGGGACUUGGGAAACAGGUAGAAAAGCUUACUCGAGAAAUGCAAAUUCGAAAUACGCGUUUGCUCAAACGAAGAGCGACUUCCGUAGAACAAUCCAGCGCACCAGCCGCGAAAAAACCGAAAACGCCUCCACUUGCG